GUGGGUUCAUUGUGCUGGACGGAGAGACCUUUGAGCUGAAGGGGAACUGGGAGAACGAGUGUGAGGCCCCCCCAAGCGGGUACGACUUCUGGUACCAGCCGCGCUACAACGUCCUGGUCAGCUCUGCUGGGAUGGCCCUCAAACGCGCGGGACGAGGAUUUUGUCCCAGCGACCUGAAGAAAGGGGUCUACGGGCGCCGCCUGAACGUGUGGAACUUGUCCUGCCGCUCGCUCACGCAGUGCUUUGACCUGGGGGAGGACUCUCUGCCCCUGAGUGUGAAAUUCCUGCACAACCCCGAGGCCGCCGAGGGCUACGUCAGCUGUGCCCUGAGCGGCGUCGUCUACCGCUUCUACAAGUGCGAGAGGGAGAACUGGGCAGUAGAAGAGGUGAUUCGGAUCCCGGCCAAGGACGUGUCGGGCUGGAUUAUGCCCAAGAUGCCGGCCUUCACCGUGGACCUCAUCAUCUCCACGGAUGACAAGUACCUGUAUCUCAGCAACUGGCUGCACGGAGACAUCCGCCAGUACGAGCUCUCCAAGAACUGCAAGCCCAGGCUGGUGGGACAGGUGUUUGUGGGAGGCAGCAUCCUCAGGGGCGGCCCCGUGACGGUCUGCAGAGACGAAGAGCUGAAGUGCCAGCCCGAGCCCUUGGUGAUCAAG